GUACCGAGUGUCGAGACACGUUCCAUGACUGUAUAAACUAGCUCUGCGCACCACUGCAAGUCCAAACAAACUUAUUUUACUUGGCCGUGUGCCCAAGUUGUGCUUAUUUUUCUGGCGUGUUGAGAUUUGCUGAAACUUUGGAAGAGGAAAGCCGAACAGCGAAUUGGUUGUGUGUGUGCCACUCGCUACGCGGCACCUGCUGAGAGGAAAUUCUUGUGCGACGCUUUCGCUUGCGGGGGAGUCGAGCAAUUCUUUCUCGAGUCAUCGUGCCGGACACGGGUGUCUUGGGAUCGUUAGCGGUGGUUGGAACAGCUGGGCCGUUAGACCUUAGCGUCAACGGUUGGUGGUAAUGGAUCCGCCGAACGGUGGACGGGAACGGUCCCAAACUGAGGUUCAACUUAGUGAGGAAUGGGGAGAGAUUGACAAUCUUCUCCAGGACUUAGUUUCUGGUGUGCCGGAGUAUGUGGCUACAGGGGAUGCUGAAGCCGCCGACCCAUACACCGCAUGGCUGACCCAGUAUCAGAUGGAGUGCUACAAGGAUCUGCUCAUAAAGAGUGGCUUUGAUGAUCUCAAGUUCCUGAGUGAAGAUAUUAUGACCGAAACAGAUCUCAGGAGAUCAGGGAUUCGCUCCCAGGACGACUGCAGCACAUUGGUAGCAGUGGCCAGUCUUCUGCCGGACCGGUCGGCCAUCUGCGAGCCAGACACCGUGCCAGAGCUACUGCAGGACCUAGGGUUGGAGGAGUACCUGGAACUGUUUGCACAGAACGACUAUAUGACUGUGAAGAAAGUCUGCUCCCUCUGGGACAACGAGCUGUUCGGCAUGGGCAUGGCAAAGCUCGGGCAUCGUCGACGGCUGACAGCGGCUAUACGUGAGCUACACAUGCUAAAUCCAAUGCUGCAUGGAGAUGUCAAGCUACCUGAAAUGUCCGAUAUUGAGCUAGCUUUGAGAAUGCGGCGGUUGAGUAUGAGUCGGCUGAUUCAGCUGUCGAAGGAGAGCUCAGCCCCGACAAUGCCGGAGACCAACGUUCGCCGUGACUUCAGUACCGUGCAGGCAAGCAUGAAACGGAAGCCGAUUGAGAAGGCGGACGUGCCUCAUAUCAAAGUUGACACAAACGAGUCCAGGGGUGGUGCAAAUCCAAACGAUCCGAAUUUUGACAGCUCUCGGCCGCAGACAGAUCGUGACCUGGACCCUCUGAACCUUCGAUCUCCACGUCAUGCACAGGAGCAUAAUAUCAAGAUACUGCAGAAGAUGGGUAUCGAGAGCACUCACCUGAAGAAGAUGGGAGAUAGUUGGAAACAUCAGGUUACCGAGGUGGCGAAAGGCAAUCUUCACUAUGACGUACAGUAUCUGGGCACAGAAUUAGUCAAGAAGUUUGAAGGACCGAAGACAACGGAAGAGGCAUGCCAUAAAAUGCAGAUGAUGGCAAUGAAAAUGCAGAAGAUUCCGAAGAUAUCCCUGUGGAUACAUGGUUCCAUCAUCAAAUUUGUGGACUCCAAAAGCCAGAGCGUCAUUCAGAAAGAUGAGCUAAAGACGGUGCUGUACAUUGCCCAAGAUGUCAAAGACCCCACCGUUUUCGGCUACGUGACGCGCGACCCGUUGCAGAAGAAGCUCUGCUUCUGCCACGUGCUGCGUGCUGAGACGAAGAAAAUAGCCAAUGAAAUUGUCAUGACGCUGGGACAGGCAUUCGAGAUCGCAUACCAGCAUCACAAGAAGACGAAAGCCAUUCAGAAGAUGGCCGCUUUCGAAGAGGACCUAGAGCAACGGCGAGGCAGCAAGCAUGGCGACUCGCUUGACUUGGCCGCCGGUUCCACUGCACAGCCGGUAGCAGCAUCACACACAGCGCCCGCACCGCCACCACAUGCAGCAGCCGCAACACCAGCAGCAGCAUCUGUAGGAUCACGCGGGGCGGAAAAAGAAUCGCCUGCCUACUCCAAAGUAAUACCGAAGCGACUACGUAAGCAAGUCAGCCCCGACAAGGCAAAAACCAGUAGCACUGACGGGCCCGUAAGACUUAUUGAUAGCCCUCAUAUGGUGCCAGCCAGGUCUUCGAUCAAACACGAGGUAUCACUGAAGGAGUCCGAGAAGGAAGGCGAAGAGGAGACACACUGGGUAACCCCUGGCUCUACUGCCAGCAAUGGACCACGGUCAUGAUGCAGUGUUGAACCUCCUCCGCUCGCUCUGUGUAAGCAGCCAGAUUCUACGGAACGGCAAUUGGCUGAACGUGAAGUAAUACGCUGAAGGUCACCGGUACUAGUCUAUCACCACCCACCGUGGCAACCAGCUCACAGUGGUACUCAAUAGUCAAUACCACACAACAUUUUGACUUGCGAUUGCCAUGCAGCUAGAAGGUACGCAACAGCACUAGAUGCGACUGAUAACAUACAUGCUGUUCUGCAAUCUUCCUGUGAUUUCGUCAAUUUUUUUAAAAUUUUCAAUUCCCUUGAGUACGCACGGAGGCUGUUUAAUUUUUACGUUUCCUUCCUGUCACCCGUUGCUGUUUUUCUGCUGCAGUGUUGUGUUCCAUGUGUUCAUGCUCUGAUCUGAUGUUCCUGGCCCGUCCCAGAACCUACAA